AUGACAACACCUUUUCAUAAUAUUUAUAAGAAUACCAACAACUAUAUCAAUUACAACAAUGAUAUUAAUUCAUUUGAAAGAGCAUAUGAGUGUUUAGAUGUUUCUGAACAUUCUCCUUCUUCCAAUUUCAAUAAUAUAUCAAAUAAUCCUUCGGGGAUAUUUGGAUUCUCCACUGUCACUGGAAGAGAAAUUGAUCCUUUAUCAAAAGAAUCAAUGGAAAAAGUAUACAAGUUUUUGGAUGUUCCUACUGAUUUAUCAUCACCAUUUACCAAUUUCAAUAAUAUAUCAAACAAUCCUUCAGGAAUAUCUGGAUUUUCCACUGGCUCUGGAAGAGGAAUUAAUCCUGUAUCAAAAGAAUCAAUGGAAAAAGCAUACAAAUGUUUGGACAUUCCCACCCAAUCGUCAUCACCAUCUAUUAAUUCCAAUAAUAUAUCAAAUAAUAUUUUGGGAAUAUCUGGAUUUUCCACUGGUUCUAGAAGAGGAAUUAAUCCUGUAUCAAAAGAAUCAACGGAAGAAGCAUACAAGCAUUUGGAUGUUUCUGAACAAUCUUCUUCAAAUAUCAGACCUUUAAAAGAUAAUGAUAUAAAAAAGUUUAGAAAACCUAUAAAAAGUGUUGAAAAUAAUAAUAAUAAAAACAACAACAAUAGUAAUGAUAAUCUAUUAAAUGAAACACCUAUAUAUCAUCAUCCUUUGAAAUUUACUGAACAAAACUUAUUAAAUUUUGAAAUACCAACAGAUGUUUUAUACAUAAAUCCAUCUAAUGCCACUCAUUAUAGAUUCACUUGGCCAAGACUUUUUUCAAAAUCAGAUUCCCAACCACAACAAAAAACAUGGGGCCCAAAUGAAGCAUUAUCAUGUUUAAUUGAAUAUGGUGCUAAUCCUAAACUGAUAGAUGAACAAUGGGUGCUGAAUCAUUACAAAUGGAUAGUAUGGAAAAUAACUAGUAUGAUUAGAUCUUAUCCUUAUUUGUUUCGUGACUGGUUAUCAUCUGAUACAGUACUUGAUCAAUUAAGAUAUAGAUAUGAAAGAGAAAUAAAUUGUGCACACAGAUCUUCUAUUAAAUUAAUUGUAGAAGGUGAUACUUCACCAUCAUGGCCUAUUGUUCUUUGUGUAUCAAAUAUAAUUGAUGAUAAAAUUCCUAUUGAUUCAAAAUUUUCACUUGAAUUGACUGAUGGCUGGUAUAAGAUUCAUGCAUGCAUUGAUCCACCAUUACAACGAGCUAUAAUGAAAUCUAAAAUAAAAAUAGGCUGCAAACUUGAAAUUUGUGGUGCAAAAGUUUAUGGAGAAUCUGUUGGCAAAACAUCA